CACAAUUUCAAUCCUGCUCCGUUUCUCGAAUCUCGAGCACUCCACACACUGAGCACCUUAAACCACUCGCAUAGAAAAUGUUGGUUUCGCCGCCGAUUCAAAUCGGAAUCAUCGGGUGUGUCGAAAUCGCCGUCGGCAGCCGCAGUCUAUCACAGAGUGCCACCCUUCACGCCGUCGGCAGUCGCAGUCUCGAAAAGGCCAAGAAAUUUGCCGCCGAUGAUGGUUUCCCGGCUUUCGCUAAGGUCUACGGCAGUUACGAAGCCGUUCUUGAUGGUCCGGAUGUCGACGCCGUCUAUAUGCCCCUCCCGACGGCUUUGCAUUCCAAGUGGGCUGUCUUGGCUGCCCAGAAGCAGAAACACUUGUUGCUCGAGAAGCUUGUGGCGCUGAAUUCCAAGGAAUUCGAUACGAUUUUGGAAGCAUUCGAAUCCAAUGGGUUGCAACUUAUGGACGCUACCAUGUUGAUGCACCACCCUCGCGCCGCUAAGAUGAAGGAAUUCAUCUCCAACCCGGACCUGUUCGGUGAACUCAAAUCGGCACUUAUUAUAAGUUCUCUAAACGCCGACUUCAAUUUCUUCUUCGUGAAUCUGCAAUGA